CUUCUUUCCUAGAGUGGCAUGUUUGUCAACAAGCUAAAACGUCAAAUAUUGAACAUUAUUUAGAUGAUUUUCUCCUGGGGUCUGUUGGUAAUUCGGCUGAAUGUGCUUGUUUAAUGGAUACUUUCGAUAAGGUUUGUGCAAAUUUGGGUGUCCCUAUAUCUGAUGAUAAAACUGAAGGUCCUACAACAUGUCUAGUGUUUCUAGGUUUGGAAAUAGACACAGUGGAAAUGGUGGUUAGGGUUCCUUUAAAGAAAGUAGAAGAGCUGUGUUCCUUAAUUACUCAAGUGCUUGGUAAGUCAAAAAUUAAGUUGGCAGACCUACAGUCCUUUGCAGGUAAAGUUGCAUUUUGUGCCAGGGCUAUACCUAGUGCUCGUGCUUUCUGUAGACGGAUAUACGAAUCCAUGUCGGGUGUCAAAAAGGCGUACCAUUACAUUCGUCUCGGUGUAAACUUGAAGGAAGAUCUUAGGACAUUACACAAGUUUUUCCAUUCUUUUAAUGGUGUUUGUUAUUUCCCAGAUAAGGAAUGGUUGUCAAACGUGAGUUGUGAGCUGUACACAGACAGUUCAGGCAACAGUGCAUUAGGUUGUGGGGCACUCUUUCAGAAACAAUGGUUGGUAGUGAAGUGGUCAGAAUUUGACUUCUCGGCUGAGGUUUUUAGGGAUAUUACUUAUCUUGAACUGAUUCCAAUAUUUCUUGCUCUUCUUGUGUGGGGCCAGGAAUUCCAGAACAAGAAAGUUAUUUUUCAUUGUGAUAACAUGGCCCUGGUGGAAAUUUUAAAUAAAAAAUCUUCUCGAUCCUGCAGAGUUAUGUCCCUUAUCAGACCCUUGCUAUUAGAGUGUAUGUACCAUAAUGUCCAGUUCAAAGCAAUGCACGUACCAGGGGUUAGUAAUGCUAAGGCAGAUGCACUCUCUCGUUUGCAGUUUCAGCGUUUUCGGGAAUUGGCCCAGGAUUCAUCCCAACAGGCUUGUGUCAUUCCACAGGCGUUCUGGACAAUUUUCAUGCAGAAUUCCACAGAUUGAUAGAUAGUUCGGUAGCUGAUAAUACCAAGUCUACUUAUAGAAACGCAAGAUUAUCCUUUGAGCAGUUCAGGUCACAAACAAAGCUCCCAGCAAUUUGGCCUCCCCCUACUUCCCAUAUUGUUAAUUUUAUUCUAUUUAUGUUUAAGAAGGGAGUUGCUUAUUCAACAGUCAGAACAUACUUGGGUGGGAUAAGCUUCUAUGCUAAGACUCAUUCUGGUACAGAUCCAACUAACACAUUUAUUGUUCAAAAAUUGUUAGAGGGGUUUAGACGAGAAAAAUUUCGGCGGGAUAGUCGUGCCCCUGUGUCAGUUGAAAUGUUAGUUAAAUUGCCAACAACUUUAAUAAGGGUAUGUAAAUCAAUAUACGAGGCGAAGAUGUUCACAGCAGCAUAUUUUCUGGCAUUUUGGGGUUUAUUGAGAGUAGGUGAGUUAACUGUCAAUGGAAGAAAUACAGACAGAGCUAUACAUAUUCAGGAUGUGCAGUUGUCACAUGAAAAAAUCAUGCUUAGAAUACGUUUUUCCAAGACUGAUCAAUCUGGCAACUCUGUGCAACUAGUUAUAAGCAAGGCAAAAAACAUAGCAGUAUGCCCACUGCGUGCAUUACAGGCUUAUUUACAGGUUCGUCCCAAACUUGAAGGUCUUUUGUUUUGUCAUUUGGAUGCUGCACCAUUAACACGAUAUCAAUUUAGCUCUGUUUUCCGUAAGGCACUGGCUUUCAACAAUGUUGAUACAAACCACUACAAAACACAUUCAUUCAGGAUAGGUGGUGCGUCACGUUGUGCUCAAUUAGGAAUGGAUUCAGAGACUAUAAUGCAGGCUGGUAGAUGGCGAUCGUCAUGUUUCACCAAAUAUGUAAGAACAAAAAGUAUUGUUAUGCCACAGUUGGCUUAAGUGUUGCACGGGUUAUUCCAUUCAGGGCACAUAGCGGCAUAAAUGACAGUAUAUUUCAAGGGCAAAUAACUCGUUAAUAAUCGCUAUACACCAUGUAUUAGUUGACUGUCAUUAAUUACUGGCUAGCUUCUCUUGUAUCAGGAAUUAUAUAGUUUAUAAUAUGGUCUCUUUGUCCUGUUAAUCUUUUGUUCGAUAGGUUUUGAUAACAGAUUUGUAUAUGGCUGCAAUGUGAGGAUAGUAGGAUCUUCCAUAAUACGCAGAGCGGAGGAGCAUGCCCUAAAUAGGCCUGGGGGUACCAUGUUAGCUAUGGAACGAAUUGGGAUGAACAUAGAGUGGGUAGGCAUUGGCGGUUUAAAACUAGACCGGCUUAUACAGGUAAUAGUUGAAAAUGUGCACUUGAAAGGUCAACCUGAUAUGCUAAUCAUUCACUGUGGGGGCAAUAGCAUUGGGCAAGGCAGUUCUGUAUUGGAGCUGUGCUCCUUUGUUAAGGAUAUUCUUGUGGAUCUGGCUAAAUUUCUGCCCCAUACAAUAUUGAUUUGGUCUCAGAUAUUACCAAGAUUUCAUUGGGGGGAAGAAGCUGACAUUUCUGCAUCAAAUCAAGUGAGAAUACGGAUGAACAGGGAGGCUGCUAGUUUUCUGUUACAUAGGCUGGGGGGUGGAUAUAUUAAGUACCCAGACCUGAAACUGGACAACGAUUUGUAUCUUGAAGAUGGUGUUCACCUAAGUGAAGUUGGCAAUGAAUUAUUCUUAAAUACAAUACAAGGGGCAUUAGAACAGUUCUAUUACUGGGGAGGGGGGGCAUAUCCCUAAACAACUUUCAAUACAGGCAUGGCUUUUGACGUGGACCUGCCACCCCCCUUUUUGGUGUGGCGGUGGUCACUGUAGCAGUUAAAGCUUAACCGCUACAGUUCCCUUUGGCGGAACCACGUCAAAUCUGGAUUAUUUGACACUAUCGAUAGUGUCUUUUUGCAGUUAUCACAGCUAUUGAUUUCUACUGGCACUUAGUGAUGGUGCAUAGUACUGGAACAUUAUCAAUUUGUGUUUAAGAAAUUACUAUUUGCUUAGUGGCACUUAUCGAUAGUGCAAUUAAUUAUUUGCUGGUUGGCACUUAUCGAUAGUGCAAUCAACUAUUGGCUUGUCGGCACUUAUCGAUAGUGCAGUUUAUUAUUUGCUGGUUGGCACUUAUCGAUAGUGCAGUUUAUUAUUUGCUGGUUGGCACUUAUCGAUAGUGCAGUUUAUUUGCUGGUUGGCACUUAUCGAUAGUGCAUUUAAUUGAUUGAAAAAUUAAUAGGCAUUUAUAGAUAAUGCUGUUUUCUUGAUUAUCAGACAUAUAUUUGUGACAAAUACAUUUCAAGUAAUUAUCAAUUUCUGAUGAAUUAAUUAAUAAUAGUAUGAUCAAUUAACAACUUUUCUGUUUCACUUAAGUCUCUGUGUAUGAUGGUUAUCCUAUACACUAAUUUCAAAUGUUGUAUUGUUUGUAUUAUUAAUGUUGUCGAUUUUGCCAAGCACUCAUCGAUGAGGGCAAAUCGAAAAUAAAGCCAUGACCUGAAAUGUCUAUUUGGUGUUCUAGUCUUUAAUAAGACAUUUUAUUGUUCACCAAUAAAAUAAUUUAUUAAAGCAAAGUACAUUUAAUUUCUCUACAAAUUAUUUCCGGAAUUUUUUGUACCGGUAUUUUCCGGAUUCUAUAACUCCGGUUGAGUGGCAUAUUAGUCACUUCUGUCAUGGCGACUUACUAGAUGAGCGACAUCCCACCCACCCAACCCUAUAUAUUUAGGUCGUUAUUUUGUCAGAUACUGCUCUUGGUUUUGUUUUGUGUUUCAGAAAUUGCCUGAUUGAUAUUUCGGCUACAUUACUUGGUGCAUCAACAUCUGGGCAACAGCAUUGCAUUCAGUUACGUGUAAAUGACAUUCCACAUUGGAAACCUGAACAAUCAUUCGUAACUUACCAAGCUCAAUUGUGGUAAUUCCUGGUGCUUUGGGAAGGUAUAGUAAGCAGACAAUGUGAAUUCAUAGACUAUUGGUAUCUGCUAAAGUUUCUUCAUGGUUAAUUGGCUCGUUGGUGAUCCUGAGCCCAAUUUGUAUUGUUUACAAGGUAAGGUAUGUGUAACAUGUUCAAUAUAUCAGGACAUUCGGAACCACGUCAAAUCUGGAUUAUUUGACACUAUCGAUAGUGUCUUUUUGCAGUUAUCACAGCUAUUGAUUUCUACUGGCACUUAGUGAUGGUGCAUAGUACUGGAACAUUAUCAAUUUGUGUUUAAGAAAUUACUAUUUGCUUAGUGGCACUUAUCGAUAGUGCAAUUAAUUAUUUGCUGGUUGGCACUUAUCGAUAGUGCAAUCAACUAUUGGCUUGUCGGCACUUAUCGAUAGUGCAGUUUAUUAUUUGCUGGUUGGCACUUAUCGAUAGUGCAGUUUAUUAUUUGCUGGUUGGCACUUAUCGAUAGUGCAGUUUAUUUGCUGGUUGGCACUUAUCGAUAGUGCAUUUAAUUGAUUGAAAAAUUAAUAGGCAUUUAUAGAUAAUGCUGUUUUCUUGAUUAUCAGACAUAUAUUUGUGACAAAUACAUUUCAAGUAAUUAUCAAUUUCUGAUGAAUUAAUUAAUAAUAGUAUGAUCAAUUAACAACUUUUCUGUUUCACUUAAGUCUCUGUGUAUGAUGGUUAUCCUAUACACUAAUUUCAAAUGUUGUAUUGUUUGUAUUAUUAAUGUUGUCGAUUUUGCCAAGCACUCAUCGAUGAGGGCAAAUCGAAAAUAAAGCCAUGACCUGAAAUGUC